UCGACGAAGGCGAGAGCAAAAGGACUUGCUCACAUCAAGGCAGACACAGGUAAUAUUGAUCUAAAUCUUCGUAAUACCUUACUUGUUAAAGAUCUGAGGACUAAUUUAAUUUCCGUAUCGAAAAUCACUCGGAACGACCGAGAGAUUUUAUUCAGGAAGGACGACGCCAUCGUCAGGGACCUGAAUGGAGAGGUGAAGUUAGUUGCUGAUCGCGUAGGAGACCUGUAUUACCUACGGGAGCAGGCGGAACAAGUCAAGGCAGUGGAAAAGGAGUCGGAAAGAACCAGUACGUCGGAUUUAGACCUAUGGCAUGCAAGGUUAGGACAUUUGCACAUGGAUGCCGAAGAGGAUCCAGAGCCAGGGAGAGUCCUGAGAGACAGGAGGUCAUGCAGGGAAAUUGUAAGAGAACCCUCACCAGCUCGAGCACGAGGAAGACCCAAGAAACAAAAAUCUGGGAAGCCAGGACGACCUCGUAAACUUUACAGAUACGUAAGUGCGUCGAGUAUUACUUCAAGUCGAGCAUCAAGUCGUGAAAAUUUAUCACAAGAAGAAGAGGAAGCACCGGAAGAAGACGACGAGGAAGCAUCCAACGAUGUUUUCAUUCCAAGCGCCGUAGAUGAAGUUCUAAGAACGAAAAGGCCGCUGGAAUCGUCGUUAUUUCAGGAAGAUAAACGUCCUCGAAAUGACAGAAGCUCAAGUGAUUCGGAGAAGUCACCUAAAAAGGAUGAAGAUAAUACCGACGAGGGAGACGAGUUCAUGGACGCAAAGUUUAUCGAAGAACUAGCGUUAAUGGCU